UCAGUCUUAAAAAGAACCUCUGUCAAAAUGGCCAUAAUAAAGUAAAAGGGCAAAAAAUUGCUUUAUUGAAAUUUUGCGGUAGUUAAAUUAAUCGAGUGCAAAAAUUAAUUAAAACAAAUAAAAGAAAAGCAAAUGUGCAAUGUCAACGACGAAGAACCCAAAACGGAACGAAUUAAAAUAAUUAUAAAUGGAUAAAGUGUUAAAUAUUGAACGUGCAUAAAAAAAUUAAAGAAAAAUAUUAAAAAAUACGACGACGACGAGUAAUUACGUAGUCAAUAUCUACGGAAAUUAAGUAAAUAGAACAAAGAAAGAAAAAAAGAAGUGUAAUAGAAUUUUUCAUUUACUUAAUUGCCUGUUGUGGCAGCAGCCGCAGUAGUAAUUGUAUAUAGCGAGUGAUUGCGUACGAAUAUUUUACGGCUUGACUGAAGUGCUGACUGGCUAUCUGCUAGCUACUGCCUGCGUGUCUGCUUUACUAGCUGUACGCGAUGGAAACACGAGCCAUUAGUGGUGGCAAUGGCUCCCUGACACUGGAAUUAAGCAACAGCAAUAAUAUUGGAGGAAGUACGUCCAGUUUGAAUUCCAAAGAGUUGCGUCAACAAAAAGAAGAUGUGACGUUGUAUUUUAAGAAAAUUUCCAGUGCCCUGUUCUAUGGGCUGUCAUCGUUUAUGAUAACCGUAGUUAAUAAGACCGUACUAACAUCCUACAGAUUUCCCUCGUUUCUAUUUUUGAGCCUGGGUCAGCUAACAGCAAGCAUAAUAGUAUUAAGCAUGGGCAAACGCCUAAAACUAGUCACCUACCCCACACUGCAGCGCAAUACAUUUAAGAAAAUAUUUCCCCUGCCGCUAAUCUUUUUGGGCAAUAUGAUGUUUGGCCUGGGCGGCACACAAGCCUUGAGUCUGCCCAUGUUUGCUGCUCUGCGACGAUUUUCCAUACUAAUGACCAUGUUGCUGGAAUUGAAAAUAUUGGGUGUGCGACCUUCAGUUGCCGUACAGGUCAGUGUGUAUGGCAUGAUAAGUGGUGCCCUAUUGGCCGCCUCUGACGAUUUGUCCUUCAAUAUGCACGGAUAUACGUUUGUCAUGAUAACAAAUGCUCUAACCGCUGCCAAUGGCGUAUUUGUCAAAAAGAAAUUGGAUACUUCGGAAAUUGGCAAAUAUGGCUUAAUGUUCUACAAUUCGCUAUUCAUGUUUAUACCCGCCUUACUGAUCACCUAUCUGACGGGGGAUUUGCAUGCCUCGCUGGAAUUUAAAAACUGGCAUGAUCCCUACUUUCUGGUACAGUUCCUACUCAGCUGUUUUAUGGGCUUCAUAUUGUCCUACAGUACAAUACUUUGUACACAACACAAUUCGGCCUUGACAACCACCAUUGUAGGCUGUUUGAAGAAUAUAUGUGUCACCUAUUUGGGCAUGUUCAUUGGUGGCGAUUACAUAUUCUCGUGGUUAAAUUGCAUUGGCAUUAAUAUAAGCGUAUUUGCCAGCCUCUUGUAUACGUACGUUACUUUUAGACGGAAGCAAGCGCCCGAUAAGGAACUACUGAUACCGACAACAAGCAAAAGUGAAGCUGUUUAGUUUACGAGUAGUAUUGCGUAUUAUUUCUUUCUUCUGUUGGAAUUAAUUCAUUUUCGUCGCCAAAACCACCACAUCCAGCCACAGCAUCAUUAUCUUUAAAAUGUAAGAAGAUGUUAAACCAAUGUAUGUGUGUUAAAUUUUAAUAAUAUAAUAAAUAGUAUAUAGUAUGUAUGUAUUUUAUAAAUUUAAUCUAUGAAUUUCUAUUUUUGCUCUAAUGCGGUAUUUGUAGUUAUAAAUUAAGUUUUAUAAAUGAUUAUUUUUUUUUUUGUUUAUUGUGUACAGAAAUAAUUGUAUGUAAAUUUUAAAAAUGCCAUAGUAAAGAAAAAUUAAAAAAAAAUACAAAUAACAAAUGUAAUUUAAUAUGAAACAAAAAAAUAUAUAAA